AAUGUUUUGAUUUUGUUUAAAUUUGUUGUAAUUUUAUUAUUACGUGCAUUUUAUUGUUAAAGUAAAAAUAAGUUUUCUAAUCAAUGUAAUAGCAAUUUUAUAUAAAAAAGUUCCUCAACUACUUCUAAAUUAAGUUAAAUGAGUUUUCUAAUCAAUUUAAUAAAAGCUUUUAUCGAUAAAAUGCUAGCGUUAUUAUCGUUUGGUAGUAAAACAAUUACGAAUACUUUGAGUAUUUAUGUAAAAACAAAUACGGGACGUACGUUGUCAGUGAAUUUGGAACCCAAAUGGGAUAUAAAAAACGUUAAAGAAAUAGUGGCGCCCCAAUUGGGUCUACAGCCAGAAGAGGUUAAGAUUAUCUUUGCUGGUAAGGAGCUUAGCGAUGCAACAACAAUUGAGGAAUGUGAUUUAGGGCAACAGAGUAUAUUGCAUGCCAUACAGGCAAGACCUGUGCAGCAGAGGAAACGUUUAUACUCAACCGUAGCCGAGGAGGAGUCUACGGAAGAACAGCCAUCAAAACCAUUAUGUGAAACUUUGGUUGACUUGCAAUUAUUAAGUGAGGAAAGAUCUAAUAUACCAGAAGAAAAUCGUGAACGUUCUAAGGCUCAUUUUUAUGUUCAUUGUUCCCAGUGCAAUAAAUUAUGUAAGGGCAAGUUACGUGUUCGUUGUUCUUUGUGUAAGGGUGGUGCAUUUACUGUACAUCGUGAUCCCGAAUGUUGGGAUGAUGUCUUAAAAUCCAGACGCAUUAGAGGUCACUGUGAAUCUUUAGAAAUUGCCUGUGUAGAUAAUGAUAUUGGUGAUCCUCCCUUUGCUGAAUUCUAUUUUAAAUGUGCUGAACAUAUUUCGGGUGGUGAAAAGGAUUUUGCUGCUCCUCUUAAUCUUAUCAAAAUUAAUAUAAAGGAUAUUCCCUGUUUGGCCUGUACGGAUGUAAGCGAUACUGUUUUAGUUUUUCCCUGCGAAUCGAAACACGUCACCUGUAUUGAAUGCUUUUUACACUAUUGCCGUUCACGUCUCAUGGAACGUCAAUUUAUGCCUCAUCCCGAUAUUGGUUACACUUUGGCUUGCCCGGCCGGUUGUGAAAAUUCGUUUAUAGAGGAAAUUCACCAUUUUAAGUUAUUAACACGUGAGGAGUAUGAACGUUAUCAACGUUUUGCCACUGAGGAAUAUGUUUUACAAGCUGGUGGAGUUUUAUGUCCACAACCUGGCUGUGGUAUGGGUCUCUUGGUAGAGCCGGAUUGUAAAAAAGUUACUUGUCAAAAUGGUUGUGGAUAUGUUUUUUGUCGUAAUUGUUUACAAGGUUAUCAUUUGGGCGAUUGUCUUCCAGAGAAUGGUACAGGAAAUAUAACGGGUUCUUGUGAAUAUGCUGUAGAUCCGAAUCGUGCUGCUGAAGCUCGUUGGGAUGAAGCGAGUAAUGUAACUAUCAAAGUGUCUACCAAACCCUGUCCUAAAUGUCGCACACCCACUGAGCGGGAUGGUGGUUGCAUGCAUAUGGUCUGUACACGUGCCGGCUGCGGUUUUGAAUGGUGUUGGGUGUGUCAAACCGAAUGGACCAGGGAUUGUAUGGGUGCUCAUUGGUUCGGUUAAUCUAACUAGUUUUUGUUUUAUGUUAUGUAUUGUAAAUAAAAAUCUUCAAAAGACUAGAUUUUAGGAAAAAUGUA